CUUUGAAUAGUUUGGAAGGGGUACUGCAGUUUUUAUACCUGCAACACCCUCUCUUCAUCAGCCACUAGUAGAUCAUUGAGAUGCAAUGACUUGUGAUAACUGUGUUUUUGUUUUGUUUUAUAAAUUAGCAGAGAACCGGAGCAAAAACCUUAAAGGUGAACUGCAGCCUUUCCUACCUACCAUGGAGGCCCAUCAAGAAUCUUCUGUGUUCCUGGUGAACAUCUUGGAGGAACUGGAUACUAAGCAGAACUCUGUUUCCUAUCAGGACCUCUGCAAAUCAUUAUGUGCUCGAUUUGACUUGUCCCAGCUGGCCAAGCUACGGAGCGUGCUUUUCUAUACGGCCUGCCUGGAUCCCAAUUUCCCGGCCACUUUGUUCAAGGACAAAAUGAGAUGCAACGUCAACAAUCAGCAGUCCAAGAAGAUCAUGGUGGCCGCCGAUAUCGUGACCAUCUUCAACCUCAUCCAGAUGAACGGGGGCAUGGCCAAGGAGAAGCUGCCCAUCACCCGAGAGAAAGUGAGGAAAAAAGACUCGCUGGACUCCUGCCGAUCGGACAACGAGGCGUGCAAUAUGGCGGACUGCGCGGGGAACUGCGAACUGCAAGACGGGGAAUUCGGCAGGGGUUACUCCAGCAAGAGGGCUUCCAAAUGUAGGAAGGGGGAUUGCAAAGACUGUCCUCCGUUUGUACCCACUUCAGAGAUGAACAUUUUGCUGGGGGUGAAUAAAGAGGUCAAAGGCCGAACCGCUUCUCUUGAUCGGUUGCAAGCUUUGGCAACGUACACCAUUGCCAAUUCUCCCCCCUGUGAAAUGCAGAGCACUUACUUCCCCAUGAACAUUGACACGGAUUCCAUCUCAGACCAGGAGUCACUGCCUCCAAGCUCGGGCAUGAAGGAAUCCUUCCUUCCAAGCGACGAGCCCUUUUUGAUGCAGUCCUGUAUGCAGAAGCGCAACAUCUUCAAGGAAGACUUCCAUAACCUCAUCACCAUUUCUCCCAGCUUGAUGUCGCCUCCAGGCAAAGGGGACGAUGAGCUCGGAGAACCCCCAAGCCAAAAGGAAACCACCAAGCAGACCUUCUUCAACCACAGCUUCGAAAUACCUUACAGUAACCAGUAUUUGAAUCCCAUUUAUUCCCCGAUUCCGGAGAAGAGACGAGCCAAGCAUGAAAGCUUAGAUGAUCUCCAAGCUUCGACCUAUUUUGGCCCAACAACUAUCCUUGGUCCUCAAGAGACGAAACGAUGGUUGGGAAAGCCAAGCAAAUCAACUCCCUGGCCAGUCAAGAGUUGGAGUUUGAACACGGAGGAAGUCCCUGAUUUUGAAAGAUCCUUUUUUAACAGGAAACAGCCAGAAGAGAAGAUCCAAUACCAAAGUUCAAAGAGCCAGCCGGUCAAUUUUUCCGCUUCGGAGAGGCACCAACAGUAUCUCAGCUCUAAAGAACAGCAAGCCAUGAUGCAGGCCAAUUACGGGGUCAAAUCAAAUGGGCAUAAAUCCAAAGACAUCCCCUCCAUCUUAGAAGUCGACAAGCACGAGCCCAUCAAAAAAUUUAAAGACAAAAGCAUUAACUGCACCGCCGUUCAGCUUCAAAGCAUUGAUAAAACCAGUAGCGUUGGGACGCAGACCGAUCGGCAAGGGCUGGAGCACAAAAAAUUCAAGGAGAUGACCCACCCAAACCAAAGUAAGUAUGGCGAGAGACACUCCUUGAAGCAAUCUGAUGACGACUCUGAAAUCGUCAGCGACGACAUUAGCGAUAUUUUCCGAUUUCUGGAUGAUUUGAGCGUCUCUGGCUCUACAGGCGUGAUCCAAUCGUCUUGUUAUAACAGCACUGGCUCCCUUUCUCAGAUCCACAAAUCCGACUGUGAAAGCUCCCCCGAACACCAUUUAGCUAAAAUUUCCAACGGAAGCGCUGGCAACAAUCUAGACAAAGUGUCUCGGCUGGAGAUCAGCAGCACAGACGACGAGCUGAAAACCAGUGUUUGCAAACUAGUCCUAAGGAUUGGAGAAAUCGAAAAGAAAUUGGAAUCCCUCUCUGGGGUCAGGGAUGAGAUUUCUCAGGUCCUGGGGAAGCUCAACAAACUGGACCAAAAGAUCCAGCAGCCGGAGAGUAUGAGUGUCCAGCUUGAUCUUAAUUCCUUGACCAGUGAGAUUCCCUCGGAAGACAGCACCUCCCCCAGGAUUUUUUCAUGCCACAAUUCGUCCCACAGGGGCAAACUGGAGAAUAACCCAGACUGGUGCUGCUCGGAUGCCAGUGGCAGCAACAGUGAGAGCCUUCGUGUCAAAGCCUUGAAAAAGAGCUUGUUCACCAGGAGAUCCUCACGAUCUUUAACCGAGGAGAACAGUGCCACCGAAUCUAAGAUUGCAAGCAUUUCCAACUCUCCGAGAGACUGGCGUGCCAUCCCCUAUACCAACCAAGCUGGCAUCACAGAGGAAGAGAUGAAAGAGCGAAGUGGGAAUGAAAACAAAGAUUGGCACCGGAAAUCCAAAGAGG